AUGUCAUUCUCAUCCGAAACACAACAUCAUUAUCCUUUGUCUUUUACCAAUCGACACAACAACAACCCAUUGCUUAAGAACAGGCGGCAGCAUCAAUCUACACAACAGCUACAACACGUUUGCAUGGAUCUACAACAAGUGCUUGCUGAAUACGACACUGAGCCUGAGAUGCUCAAGUUGAUUCUUCGAUGCAAAAUUGAAGAAGAUAAACGACAUACGGCGGAGGCAAGGUUAAAAGCCAAGGAGCUCGAUCUAAUGUGGGUCCAAUCACAGUUGGCUGCACGUUGUCAGCAUAAUGCUGCUGCUGCUGCUGCUUCCACACACAAUGACUUUUCUUCUGCUCUAUCAAAACGUACAUCAUCCAUCAGCUCUUAUGAAGAUGAUGAGGAUGACCAUCAACGAAGGCGUCGUGAUUCUGCAGCAGCUGCAAUGAUUGCUAUGGGUAGUACACCAUCUCCAUGUAAUUAUUAUCCAACAAGUACGACAACGACAGUAACAGCAUACCCUUCUCCUUCCUCUGAUGGAUGCAAUUCUCCUAUGGUGGAGCGAGAGCCAAUGGAACGAUAG